AUGGCCAGUUCAGGAUACGUAAUCAAUAUAUCAUCAGACGAAGAAGAAAUAGACGACAAUGAUGUCGAAAUCGUUGAAUUUCGCAAAUUAACAGCUGACCUAAUGGAACACCCACAACAAUCAUCCGAAUCAAGAAGAACAACCAAAAAACUAGCAGAUGUUCAAUGUCCCAUUUGUUUUGAUGAAGUCACACAAGCAACCACAACUUCAUGUGGACAUAUAUUUUGUCUUGAAUGUAUCCAACAGAGUAUUGCUAGUUCUCAUGCUCGUGGACAAGUUAGGAACAGUGCUAAUGGGGGCAGAGGACGAGGGAGUCAAGGUCUGGGAGUUGGACUUUGUCCAUUAUGUAGGAAAAAAGUCAUUUUUAAAGAGACUAUUGUGUUAAGAAUGAAAGUUGGUAAGAAUAAUGGGAUACCGAAGUUACCUGAACUGACGAUUAAGCCUCAUGAGAUACCUGUUGAAUCAAUAAAACCGGAUGAUAAGAAGAAGAAGAAGUGA